AUGAAACGUUUGUUCACAAUGGAGUUCGGAGAUGAUAAGAGUCUUUACCUUAGAGAUACAUGGAGAGAAGGAAACUCGAUCUGCGGCGUCGUGCCCCUCAACCCUAGCUCGAGCGGGCUAUGGCCAUCCCCGAAGCUCGCAGAACCUAACGCGAACAUCGAGUUCUGGAAUUACAUGUUUCCACAUGUUGAGAUCAUUUUCCUCAUCGUCACUAUCCUUUGGCAAUUCUUCCAUUUCGGCCUCAAACGUCUUGGCAUGAUUCGUUUCACUUCCCAUAUGCUUACUGGGAUUCUUCUAAGCAAGUCGUUUCUAAAGGAGAAUACACCAGCGAGACAUUUCUUUUCCACAGAAGACUACAAAGAGACUGUGUUUGGUCUCUUUGGUGCGUGUUCGUACAUGAUGUUCUGGUUCUUGAUGGGAGUUAAAAUGGACUUGGGCCUAGUCCGAAACACCGGGAAAAAAGCCAUAACCAUCGGUCUCUCCUCGGUUUUACUCUCUAUCACGGUUUGCUCUUUCAUCUUCUUCAUCAUCCUAAGAGAUAUAGGAACCAAGAAGGGAGAACCGAUCUUGAACUUCUUCGAAAUCAUCAUCAUCUACUCGAUCCAAUGUCUUUCGUCGUUUCCUGUUAUCGGAAACCUUCUUUUCGAGCUUAGGCUACAGAACUCAGAGCUUGGUCGUCUCGCUAUGUCCUCUGCAGUGAUCAGUGACUUCAGCACUUCGAUUCUCUCCGCGGUUCUCGUCUUCUUGAAGGAGCUAAGAGACGAGAAAACGAGGCUAGGAUCCGUAUUCAUCGGAGAUGUCGUUGUCGGAAACCGUCCUUUGAUGCGUGCAGGCACGGUGGUUUUCUUUAUUUGUUUCGCCAUAUGGAUUUUCAGGCCAUUGAUGUUCGUCAUAAUCAGCAGAACUCCUUCUGGUCGACCCGUAAAGAAAGUCUAUAUAUAUCUAAUCAUCGUUCUUGUCUUUGGAUCUGCCAUUCUUGCGGACUGGUGCAAGCAGUCUAUCUUCAUGGGACCUUUCAUUUUAGGCCUAGCGGUUCCUCACGGCCCUCCUUUAGGCUCUGCGAUCAUUCAGAAGUUCGAGUCCGCGGUUUUCGGCACAUUCCUUCCCUUCUUCGUGGCUACAUCCGCUGAAGAGCUUGAUACUUCUUUGAUACUGUCUUGGUUCGAUUUCAAAACUAUAUUCAUCAUCGUGUUUGUAUCCUUCGUCGUCAAAUUCGCUCUCACGACUCUCCCUGCUUUACUGUGCGGUAUGCCGAUGAAUGAUUCCCUUGCUCUGGCUCUCAUUAUGUCCUUCAAAGGCAUUUUUGAGUUCGGCGCUUAUGCGUUCGGGUAUCAAAGAGGGUCUAUUCGUCCCGUGACCUUCACUAUCUUAUCUAUAUACAUCUUGUUGAACUCGGCGAUCAUACCUCCGAUCUUGAGACGCCUAUACGAUCCUUCGAGGAUGUAUGCAGGAUACGAGAAGCGGAACAUGCUUCACAUGAAACCUAAUUCCGAAUUAAGGAUCUUAUCGUGUAUAUACCGAACCAAUGAUAUCCAUCCCAUGAUCAAUCUCCUUGAAGCAACUUGUCCCUCAAGAGAAAGCCCCGUAGCUACUUACGUCCUCCACUUGAUGGAGCUUGUGGGUCAGGCCAAUCCGGUUUUCAUAUCUCACCGUUUGCAAACCCGAAAAAGCGAGGACACAUCAUAUAACUCGGAGAGCGUCAUUGCUUCGUUUGAUCAGUUCCACAAAGAUUUCUUUGGCUGUGUUUCCGUUAGCACUUACACGGCUUUAUCAGUCCCCAAGACGAUGCACGGAGACAUAUGUAUGCUCGCUCUUAACAACACGACAUCUCUCAUCAUCCUUCCUUUUCACCAGACUUGGUCUGCGGAUGGAUCAGCGAUUGUUUCAGACAGUAGUAUGAUCCGGAAACUGAACAAGAGUGUCGUCGAGCUCUCUCCUUGCUCUGUAGGAAUCUUCGUUUACCGGAGCAAUAGUGGCCGGAGAACAAUCCGAGAAACUUCUCCGAACUUCUCAUCUUACCAAGUAUGUAUGCUCUUUCUUGGUGGUAAAGACGAUAGAGAAGCUUUAACACUCGCAAAGCGAAUGGCUCGUGACUCGCGGAUAAACAUCACUGUGGUUUCUUUGAUCUCUUCUAACCAGAAAUCCAAACAAGUCGCUGAUUGGGAUCGGAUGCUCGAUUUAGAACUACUCAGAGACGUGAAAAGCAAUGUUCUUGCUGGCGCCGACAUUUUCUUCUCCGAGGAAGUAGUGAAUGACGCGUCUCAGACAUCUGAACUGUUGAAAUCGAUUGCGAAUGAGUAUGAUCUGUUCAUCGUUGGAAGAGAGAAAGGAAGGAAGAGUGCUUUCACGGAAGGGCUUGAGGAAUGGAGUGAAUUCGAGGAACUUGGAGUGAUUGGUGAUCUCUUGACUUCACAAGAUCUUAAGAGCCAAGCUUCUGUGUUGGUGAUUCAGCAGCAACAGCAGAUGAUUUAG